AUGGCCGAUGCUCCCCGUAGACAUGGGUUCCCGGUAUGCCGGGAACCUCAUCUCAACACGUUGUCUAAUGUGUGGUACUGCACCGCUGGGCUGGCGCUGUCGAUCUAUGUUAUCGCCGGCAGUGUGCAACGGUUCACCCGGUACAUGUCCCUACCCUGGCCUUCGAGGGACCAACCGUACAUCGAGCUGAAUGCGUACGUCGCAUGCAUCGGCGCUGGCGUUGUGCUGUUACCGUUCUUUGUAGCGUCGGCCGUUCUGCAGGUUGGCAACAUGUCCAACGAUGCGGCCACAGUCGGAGGCGAAGUCGAUGAAGCCACUCCUGCACCCGACCCAUCUGCUCUCUACGAAAAUCUCCCUCGGAGAGCCCGACGCAAGCCAGGAAUGUGCGGAGGAGCUUUGAAACGCUGGUUCAAGGCCGCUUGGCGACACGGUGGGCCAACGUCUCCCACGUUGCACCUUUGGUCGGCAUUCUGUUUGCUCGUGCCCAAGGUGAUCAUGCACGCUCGCCUCAUACGCCACGGAUUUCUUAAACGCAGCGAUGUCUGGCACACCGACAUGGAUUUCCUGAUUCCGCAUAGGGAGCGACUGGUUCCCAUCCACUUCUUGCCCACAGUAAACGAGACAGAACUCUGGGAGCGUGAUACGCAGGAGGGCACGCGUCCCGCCAUAAACCACCUCGAUGUGACGGGUCACAUCUCGGCCGAGUUCAUAAACUACGCUUUGGCACUCCUUCUUUACUCGCUGAGGUAUCCGGCUGUCUUCUGGAAACGUAACAAGUGUUUCUCGCUCUUGUUCUCGCUGUAUCUCGUCGUGACCAUGGUAUGCCUCAAGCUACUGGUGUUCACGUCGGUGGGCAUCCUACACGGCGUCCACAUCGUGGGUCAGCGGGAUCUACUGCAUCGUUUUGGACCACUUCUUCUCAAUGUGCCUUCGACAGCGGCGCUCUUCUUCUCCUAUACCAUUCUGAUCACCCUCUCUGGUUCUCUCGUCUACUCGUAUGGACUGCUGAAGUACUCCGAAUGGAAGUCCAGGACAGCUCUCAAACACCACAUUACCUGGCAAGGCGCUCAGGCCGGGGGAAUCACGUUUUACGGCCACGGCCCCCAUGUUUACUCGUUGUUAGUACUGGUCGGUCUUGUUCUCACUGGAGCGCCCAUCGUCCACGAUCUGGUUAAGGUCUACCAGGCCAGCUUGGACGGCGUAGUUCUCGUUACAAUCUGCGGAAUGGCCCUACACAUAGUUCUGUGGAUUCUCUUGUGGCUUCUUUUCACUGUGAAGCACGACUGGGACUUCUGCGCUGAAAAUGGACCGCUCUCCGAGCACCCCAUGAGCUUCUCGUCGUCGGGACUUCAACAAAGCCAGAGUCAGUACAACUACACUCCGCUGCUGAAAAUCGCCGAUGGACCCGAUCAUCCACUGCUGGUCGUGGACAACGGCCAAACUUAUCGGGUCAACGAGAUUUCAUCGAAGAAAGCUAUUCUCGGACUUGCAUCCCGCCAGCAGCAGGUUCAAAAAUUACCUCAUCCCUCCGAAGACGAGGAUAUCUACUGGCUCAAGCCGAGGAUGCCUUCAAUCAAAGAAGGAGAACAACCGAAUAGCCUUUCUUGGCUGAGGUCGCAGAAACCGAAGUCGUACCAGGGCUCACCACUGGCUAAUGGCCAGGUUGCCAUCGCGACCCCGCCUCCUUCAAAACCUCGAGUAACAUUCGAUACGUCGACCAGCCCGAGCAAGGCACGUGCUGCAGCGGGAAAGAGCCCGAAAAGAGGGAAAAAACCGCCUGCGCAGUUACCCGAGGAUUUCAGCAACGGGACCGACUACGGCACCCUCAAGAAUUCCCCAUCCCUACGGCGGGACAACAGCAAUCAAUUCUACAAGUCGCUUUGUCCACUGACGGACGAGAAUGGAGCUAACAAACUUCUCGCGCAGAACAACGGCGGCUUCGACCCUCUCAUGAUCGACACGCAGAAUCCGCAGCUCCGAGGGAUUCUGACUCAACAGAACGGGACUCUGAGUCCUGUGCAGCUGACGCCGAGAUCGGAUUGCGUCAGCGACACUUCGACAAGCCCCGAGAAGGGUGGCAGCUCCAACGACUCGAACAGUUCGGGUGUUCACUCAGCUUGCAGUGAGCAGCUCAAACGUACAUCAUCACUGGAGCAGCUCUUAGUCGAAGUUCAAAACCAGAUCUCAGCUCCUCCGACGGCCACGAUACACCAACGGUCGGGCUCGGUCCACAACUGGAAGAGCAUGUCGUUGCAACGGGCAACGUUGGGCAACGGUUUCCACAACGGCUACGGUGACGGCACGAACAGCCUAGUCAUCCGACGGAAUGCGUCAAAUGUCUGCGAUCUGCAAGGUAGACGUCCUCCGAUGAGAUUGACGUCAUUCUCGGAGCAUCCUGAUUAUAUCGGAGGUGCGACACGUAUUCUGCCACCGACGGUUCCGUCGUUGCCAUCGAUGCCAAACUUCCCCAAACCCCCGGCAAUGCCUCCGCUUCCGCAGAACAGCGAGUGGAACGCUCGGUCGCCUUUGGCGUCUUAGAUUGCGGAAGUAGCACCGAUCAAUCACUACGGAGCUACAUAUGUUUAUGAAUGAGACACAAAAGUGGAUAGAGAUCGUGCUGAUAACGAUGAGGAUGAUCUCUAGUAACGAUGGUG